AUGAGUCCAGCAAAAGCGACGGAGAUCGAAAUCGCAGGUGGAGAAGAGGGAGAUAAGUUUGAGGUGGGGAAGAUAUACGAUGUCAAGCUGACGACUGGAAUCGAGUUCAAGGGGAUCGUCUUGGCGUAUGAUCCUGAUCCACGCUUCGUCAUCUUCCAUAUCCUUUCUAUUGUUGAAAUAAUCACCGUAGUUUCUUCUUUAUCUCUUCGACUUGUUGAGAACAUCGUUGGAGAUCCUUUUAGGUGGUUUUUGCUUCUGCGCUUGAAAUUUUUGUUUGUUGCGGUGUCCUUGACGUGGAUUUUACAAGAAGGAACGAUUCCUGAAACUGGAGAUUGGAUGAAUACACGAAUGGUGAAUGAGAAUUUCAUAUCGACGCUUACGUAUAUAGGGAGGUGUAAGGAUCCGCUCGCUUCGAAAGAGCGUUGGAUUGAUCUCUCUGGACUCGAAGAGAAAGAGGCGAUCGCUAUUAGGGAAAUCGAGAGCAUUGGUGUUACCGCAGAGGCGCAGAAGGUCUUCAACGAUUUGUCUAAGAUGAAAAUCGGGAGCAUUGGUGUUGGUGAUGCAGCAGAGGCGCAGAAGAGCUUUGACGCUUCCUCUAAGACGUACCCUAUGGAGCAAGAUUUGAUUGUGGAGAUUCUCCCCUUUCCAGUUAUGAGACAAGAUAUCAUUGUAGCUGUCAACAUGGGGUUGAAGAAGAAGAUUUUUGCCCAAAAGAUUUCUCGUGCAAGUAAUGGGCAGUCUUCAAACCGGAAGAUGAAGAAGAUGAGGAAGAUGGUCGUUGGAGGAAAGGAGAAAAGGCCAAGAGAGAGGUGGCUGCAUAUUUGUUGGAUUCCCUCAAAGACAGUGAAUGAGUUGGAUUCGGAGGUGUCCCUCCAACAACAAUGGUUCGUUGUAUGGACUUCAAAGGGGAAGGAGAGAAAAGAUGGACAAAAUGAUCGUUACAACAAUACAUUCCAAACCAGAAGUGGUAUGUUCAUGAAGAUGACACUUCUGGAUAUCCGAUAUGGCAACACAGACAGAAACCAAGGCAACAUACUUAACAAAAAUGGCAAGUUGAUUCCUAUUGACCAUGGAGAGUGCUUUCCCAAACAGCUUAAUUGUUACAGGCUUGAUUGGAUUAUAUGGAAGAUGGCAGAGAUCCCGUACUUGCCUGAGAUGGUUGAGUAUGUGAAGACUUUGGACGUGGACAAGGAUUUGGAGAUUUUGAGAACAAAUGGCAUAGAAUUGGGAGAGAGAGCUAUGUCUGCCUUCAGAGUUCAACACCUGGUGUUGAACCUAGGUGUUUUAGGGGGUAAUGUCCCUAGAGACAUUGGACGCCUGUUUAGUGAGAGUCUCUUUACACUCGUUCACAGCUGCACUAACCCCGCUGACGUAAUAGACUCUUUAAAAGGAUUUUUGCAGUCGACUAGAGACAUAAGGACUGAACGAGAGUCGAUGAUUCAGAGAGAGAUGUCGAUGCUUAGCAGAGAAGAGAAAAAAACAGAGACCAAACCUCGAGAAAGCAGAUUCAGUCGAACACUUCGACUGAACAAGGUUGAUGGGAGUAAGGAAGAGGCGAUUGCUACUAGGGAAAUCAAGAGCAUUGGUGUUGGUGUUACUGCAGAGGCGCAGAAGAUCUUCGAUGCUUUCUCUAAGACGCUUCAUGUACAGUGGGUAAACAAAGACAUUCUGGUAUGGGGACAAGUGCGUAUCUGUAGCCCUUACCAUGAUGAUUGUGUCACUGGAGGAACUACUACUGCCAGGGAACAAGUAAAGGCUGUGCUGAAGCAGGUGAGACAGAAGUUGCAACUUGGCACUGGAGGCAAUUGA